UGUAGUCAUAGUCGUAGCUGUGUUGCGUUUUGUCGCGUUCGUUGCUAAAAUUUUGUACCGUGUUGUGUCUCGUGUUAAUUUUAGAAAAUCCGUCCAAUUCAUUUGAAUUCAGACAGUGCUGGUACACGGGAGAGCGUUUAGUGGGCGCGCGAUAUAUAAUACCUUCAUUGCAAGUGAAAAGCAGAAUCAAAAUUGACCAUAGCCGUGUUCUAGUAAUUUUUGCUUUAAAAUAGUUAAAUAUUGAAUUUACGAAAAGUGAAUUUAAAGUUCAAUUAAAACAGCAGAGUGUAUAAAGAAAUUAUAAAGUCACCACAUUCCAUUGAAUGGCAAGUGGUUGUAAGUUAAAAAAAAUAUAUGUAAAUAUACAUAUAAUAAUAUGCUGAGCAACUGGUGUAAUUCCAAUUGGAAAAUAAUUAUUUGUACUUGUUAGAGAAAGAAAGACGACAAAUAAGGAAGAGAGUGGCACGUUUUGUAAAACUGGACAAAAAUACAAAGUACAAAUCCAUCUAAUAUAAAAGAUAAAGCGAACAUUUCGACAGCAAACGUAAACGUGACAAAUUGUGAAACGUGUAUAUUAUGUAUAUAGAAAAGCUUUCCACUAAGGAAACGACAGAGAAGUAAAGUGAAAAAGUUCGUGUGCUACUUGCUGUCUCAAAUAUCUUAUAAAAAUCACGUUUUCGACAGUAUUCUUCACGUUUUAUUUUUGUAAAUUAAAUUUGGUGUACGCGUAGCGACUGGGAGGCGAUUCAAGGUUUUCGUGUGAAGUAAACCUGAAAGAGGGAACGAAAAGCGAAAACAAAAAAUAAAAAAUAAGUUAACUUGUUGAAAAGCAAGACGAAUAAGUAAAAUAUUUCGGGCGGUGUCGUUCGGUUGCUGUUACUGUCGCAGUUAGUGUUUCCAAGCCAUUGUUGCUACCCCUACAUUACUUGAAUGUGAAUGGAAAAUUUCAAAUGAAAACCGACAAAUAAAGCAGACACGGAAAAAUUAAGAAAAUUGUAAAUAUCGCCUAGCAGUGGAAAUGAUUAAUAUGUAUAGUGGCUUUUUACAAAAAAACUGACAAAAAUGUAUUAAAAGGAUUACCACGUUACUGAUUAAGAAAUCUAACUACAAAUAAAUAAAUGUCCAUAUACAUAUGUAUACAUGUGCGCCUUGUGAAAAAUUUUUACCAGGAGUGUUGGUAUUAGUGAAUGUAUUCACAGAUAAGAAAAUAUAAAAAUACGUUUUAUUAUCUGAAGAGUCUUAUCAGUUUGGUCCAGCUUUUUCACAAAUUUAAUUUAAAUACAUGUAUUGCCUUCCUUACAAAGAUGCAAAACAUAGUGAAGUGAAGUGAAUAAAUUGUAUUGAAGAAUAAGGAGUGAAGUUUUAAAAUAAUAAUACAUUUGAACAUAUGUAUGUGAAAUGUAAUGUUUAUUUUAGACAAAAGGCGCUCAGGUUAUGAUUUAAGUGCCUAUAGCUACAGAAAUUACUUCUGGAUAUUUUAAAUAGUCCAAAAAAUAGACAUAAUGCGAGUAUUGUUGUAAAAUUUGACAUUGUGAUAAUAUUGUACCUGCUCCAGGAUUUGGAAACAUUCUACAUUUCGCGACCAAUCCUUCUCAACAUUCAUAUAAAAAUUAUCGGUAUACAAAAGUAGUAAAGUAAACUACAAAGAUUACAGUCGUUGAAAAAACCGCAAACCAAAAAAGCAAUUUUUGUUCCAAGCAAAUUAUUGAAAAAUUUUAAAAAUUGUUGAAAAUAUAUUUGUGUAGUUUUAUUAAAACCAAUAAUUGCUACCACAACUAACACAAAAAAAAAUAGGUGUGAACCAAAUGUGUUGUGGUUGCACAUACAUCCAGUGCUCCAAAAAUAAAUAGAAGUAACUGAACAGGAAAUCCAGUAACACCUUCAUUACGAAUACGUCCAAAAUUAUCAAGAACACCCAAUUGGUCGUUCCAUCUACUGCAAUUGUCGACUCCAGUCAGCUAACAACCAUAGUCACCAUUCCACCUCAACUGCAACCAGCUCACAGGAACAAAAUUAAGUACGAAGUUAUGGAAUCGUACUGGAGCGAAGCAAAUGGACACGCUCCACAUUCGGUUAAGUAUGAGAGCGAAGCAGCAGUAUCCAGUUUUCCUUAUUGCACAGAAUCUAGCUUAAAUUUUUCCACAUCAGCUACAGCGUACAGCGAGGAUGAUGCAGAAUAUGCCACCGGAAGACGUAAUAAAACUUCGAGGCAAGAUCCAUUAUCACAUCGCAUCAUCGAGAAGCGAAGGCGUGAUCGCAUGAAUUCCUGCUUGGCAGACCUUUCUCGCCUCAUUCCGCCUCAAUAUCAGCGCAAGGGUCGCGGGCGCAUCGAGAAGACAGAGAUCAUCGAAAUGGCCAUCAGACAUUUGAAACAUUUACAAAGCGAGUGCAUCCAGAAGGACAACGAAUAUCGAAUGGGUUAUACGGAUUGCAUGAAGGAGGCUGCUAAGUUCCUUUACGAGAGUCACAUGGAGGAGUUUUGCUACCGUUUGGUGGCACGCCUGCAAGAGCACUGCGUGGAGCUGAUGAAGAAUGACUGCUACAAAUCCCGAAGUUGUCAUAUACCUGACAAUGUGAGUGCAUCAAGCGGUAGUCCGCAUCAAGCAUAUCACUCCGCUCCGCCGCUCUGUCAAUUGCGCGAUAUGCUGGGCAGUUCAGACAUUGAACAGAGUAAUGACCAUAACGAUGUUAAGGAUUUGAGUUUCCGCAAUCAUUUGAACCAAUUGCAACGCAGUGCUGCUGUCGCAGCGGCUGCUGCUGCGGCCACCAAUAACACUACUAGCAGUAUCGUACACGAGCAUAAUAGUAGCGGCAGCCAAAAUAAUGCAGCUAGCAAUUCAACUACUUCAUCUACGACAACAUCUUUGAAUAACGCCAUUAGCACGACGACAGCUGCGCCUAAUAGCGGUGUGUUGAUAGUAGGCGGUGGUCAAACCGGCAGUUCGCAACUACGUCCACAUCAAGCAGCCGUAAUAACUUCCACUGGUCCGGCUACAUUGAACCAUCACAACGAAUCCAGUAAUCACGAUUUUGAAUCAUCGCGAGAACCGCUCUUACACACUGACACAUCCAAUAUGCAUUCACCUCCACCACGCGAUUCAAUGUUGCAUCAUCACGCUCACCUGAGUCAUCAUCAGCAUACCUCGGAUAGUUUGUUGUCAGCGCGGAUGCGCAAUUUCUCUGAAUCAUCACAUGAUAUUGAGCACAACAAUAACUAUAAAUACAAAAAUCAUAUAAAGGAACGUUUCAAUCACGAGUUACAUGACGAAGAGACAUCUAGCGAACAUUGUCCGGUACCGCCGCUUCUGCAGAGCGAACAUUCACAUACGCACUCCUUGUCCGAACAUUCGAAGGAUGGUACCGAGCCUGAAAUUGCGCCUAUUAUGGCAAAGAAACGUAAAAUGGCUGAAGCGGCAGGGGCGGCGGGCACAAGCGUCAAUAGCAAUAUCGUUUUGGAUGACUGUGACACUCGCCCAUUGCCACCAGUGCGUACUUCCACCACCACAAACAGCUUGCUAAGCGCACGCGAUGAAAAACCUUUCAGUUUCGCCGAUAUCAAAACUGAACUGAGUGCGCCACCCGGCUUAGGAGGAGCGAAAUCACAUUUUAGUACACCAAGCAGCACUACCCACGUAUCACCCAACUUACAAACGUCGCGUUCAUUCGCUGUGCCGAUAUUUGCGUUACACGGUCAGGGUACUUACUACAUACCACUAAAUGUCGAUUAUAACGUGUUAGUGCCAUUCCUUAAUGGUGCUGAAUUACUGGAAAAGAACUAUGCUUCAAUGCCGGUAGUGCAUCCCAUAAAUAUUAAUGUGAACUUUAUGCCACCCGCACCAACAUCAUCAAUACUCGCUGCCGCUGCUGCAGCGGCCGUUGUAGCGGCGGGCAAACAUCAAUUGCCACCUGUUAACGGUACAGUAUCCUCGACGGCGGCGGCUGCGGCAGCCAAUGUGGCGGCCGUGACCAAAGCCAAGUUGGAGAGCGUCAGUAACGGUUGGUAAUCGGGAAAUCACGCCAAAUUAUGUUAAAACGUAUUACAACAACUACAACAUUGUUCGGAGGCGCGAAAGCAUAGGUGCAUUGCGUUCACGUACGGGUCGUAUGUCUGCAAGACAAGACCCAAUCCUCAAUUACUAUUACAAGGAACAGCACUACCUCAGACAUCUGUGAAAUAGGAUGAAUCAAUAAAGGGGACCUUAAACUAAGCGUCAGGUAGCAACAAGUAGCAGCUGCACACAGUGUGUUGUUACAGCAGCAACUUCUCGAACUAGGUAGUUAGCCUGUCUGACCGCUAGUAUAUUUAGCUAUUGCAGAAUGAAAUUGAUUAUGUGAGCGAAGUAAUACAUAUUUAUGUACAUAUGUACAUAAAUGGAAAACAAACCACCAAGUAUAGCAUUAAUAAUUGUAAAAACAACCCACUCUGAAAUUGAAGGCAAGAAACAUAAUUGGAAAUAAUUUAACGAGGUUUCGUCUUGUCUAAGAAACAUAACAGCAGCUAACAACAAACUAUUACAAAAAAAUUAGUAUAAAAUAAAUUGUUUGAAAUUUUUUAACUACUGAAUUUUUCUGUUCUCUGACUGAGAUAGCAGGGCAAUGAGUGUGCAAUUGAAAGGGAACUUUAUUAAAUCAUAUAGUAUAUAUGAACAUAGGUUUUUACUUGUAUAUGAAUAGGGCAGCCAUGUUUGUUAAAUUGUAGCACUAAACGUAUGUUAUAUUUGCUGUGCAUUAAAUAAAAAACAAUGUUACUAGUCAAAAACUACAAUGAGAAAAAAAAUAAAGUGUAAACGUUGUUAUAACAUUAUAAUGUUGAGGAAAAACCGUUACUCAUACAAAAGAUUUGUUAUGUUAUUUUAUAGUGUAAUAUUUGUAGAAAAUUUUGUGUAGCAUAUAUCUGUAUGUCAAACAAAAUAAUUUAUUACCAUUAGUAUAAUCGUAUAAAUUUCGGUUUAGAGGAGGUGUUUAAGUUAGUACUACAGUUAUGGAAUAUUUGAAUUUAUUUGCCAAGUGAAAAAAAUACAUUAUGAAGUGGAAUAUUUUCGAUAUAUCUGUUUGUUAUAAGAUAAUAUAUGUACAUGUAACAAUUAUAUAUGUAUAUUUUAAAUGUUAACGAGUAUGUUUAUUUUGUAUAAAAAAUUUAACUAUAGGAAUUAUAUUUAAAAAGAAAUGAAUGGAGCAGUACAAUUUUAAGAAAAACACAAUUUCUGAACUUUUUUACAUACCGCAAAAUAAAAAAAAUAUGUCACCCGUUUUGUACUUUUAUUACUUUCAGCUCAAGAAUAAAACAAUAUGUAAAAAUGUAUAAAUUUCUUCUGUGAAAGAAUUCAAACAAUAUAUUGUGAGUUCAUUUAUGAUAUAUGCAAAGCCUACUGUACAGUUUUGAUGAACUCCAAACCGUUAAUUGUUCGACUGUUUACCUUAUAUACAGAUUACCAAAUUAUAAUAUACAAUUAAAACAAUAUUGUUGAAAUAAGGCUUUGUUACCAUAAACGUUGGUAUAUACAUAUUUAAUGAAAUUGAAAGAUUUGAGUUCUUACUAUUGUUGAAAUCCCUAUAGUAACUAUGCUAAAAACGUUAACACCUUGGAUUAAUUUAAUUAACAGGAAAACAAAAGGGAAAGCAAUUAGUGUACAAACAGGGUUGGUAUAAAUAUACAAACAUGUGUGAAAUGAUUGAAAUAUUAAAAAAUAAUAUUCCCACCAAAUUUAUAUAAAAAAGUUUUGCAAUCGAAACGAUGCAGCGAUUUUUUGAAUUGAGGGUUCACUUGUAUGGAGAAAACCUACGUGUUUAUUUUCGAGGAAGGUUUGACUUUUUCUCUAUAAACACAUAUACUUUAUAUAUAGAAAGACAAUGUAAUAUAUAUAAGUUGUUAAAACACACGAAUAUUUUAAAGUUAAGUUUAAAAAAACGCGUGGUUUAUAUUUAGGCAUACAUAUAUAUAUGUGUGCAUGUAUUAGACUAGUGUAAAAAUACUGUAUUUGUAUGUGUGUCUGUAGAUAGGUGUAUUUAACUUUUAUUCUAUACUAAACAUGUACCAGCUAAGUUUAUUGUUCACUAUAUAUGUAUGUGUCAAUGUUAUUAUAUACAGGUAUGUAUGCACAUAGACAUUUAAUAUAUGAAUGUACGACAUUACUAUUAAGAACAAUAAUAGAUAUAACAAAUAUACUGAAAUAAAAGUUUAUAUAAAUGUUGAAA